CAACAUCAACAGAUGCAUUUUCAGGAGACAUGUGCUAGAAGACUGGGAUCGGGUUUUGAGAUCACUUGCUUGUCAUGGGAUUCGACAUCCCCCGAAGCAGGUGCGCGGAUUGCAAUUGGAACGAGGGACAAAAUAGUCCAGGUCCUUGUUCUCAAUGCAAAUUCGCAACUACAAGCCGUGUUUUCAGUGCGACUAGAUAACACGGUACCAAAGUCUGUCGCAUUUGCAGACGACGGGAGUGUCUAUGCCUUUGGAUUGUAUGAUGGUAACUUUAUCAAGUUAAAUGGCAAUGACGGCACGGUAGUGAAGGAGUAUAGCUGUAAAUCAGUGAUCGGUCAUGCAGCAGUCCAUCAGAAGAGGGGCGUGUUCAUAGUGGACAACGCAGCAGACGGUUUUACACUAUACCGACUUGACGGCAAUGAAGAGCCAGUUCGAACAUUCAUAACUGCUACUCCGAGUGUGUCAGUACCAAAGCAGGUGGCAUUCGGAGCAGAAGGAAGGUUGGUCGUGGGAGGAAGCGACAAUGGAUCGGUGUAUGUGUUCGAAAGGAAAUCAGGCAAGCUACUCGACACUCUUCACCACUCUAAUGCAGGUCUGGUGCAGACAAUCGCU